UAAGUUUUAUACAGCACUGGCUGCAAAUUGGUUAAUUUAUUAAUUAUUAAUAAUAGUCUCCCAUAGAUUGUCUGCUAUGCCUACCACAUACAAUCCAAACUAUGAAAAUUCAUUUCCAUGGUGUUCUCCUGACCCGAAGGACGUAUAUGCAGCGGUUUGCAAAUGGUGUAACAAAAAAAUAAAAAUCAACACUAUGGGUAGAGUGGCUUUGGUUAGUCAUGAAAAAAGCAAAGCACAUCAUCAUCAAGUGUUGGUUCGAAAAACUAACCUUCCAAUCAGCCAUUUUUUACCAAAUCAAAUCGUUGGUAAUAACCUGUUGUCGUCAUCUCCGUCACUUUCUUCAAUUUCCACUGCAAUGGCUACCCAAAUCUCAGCUUCAGAUUCUUCCACGAACACUGAUAAUCAACACUCUAAGGCUUCCAACGUCUUGAAUAGAUUCAUGCUAAACGAGCAAGUUACAAGUGCUGAAAUUGUGUGGGCUCUGGAAACUAUUGCCACUCAUAACUCCUAUCGCAGUGCUGGGGCUAACACUAAUUUGUUCAAAACUAUGUUUCCGGACAGCCAAAUUGCCGCCAAGCUCGAGAUGGGACGCACAAAACUUGCGUAUCUAAUAACUUUUGGUCUGGCACCUUAUUUCACAAACGAAAUAUUUAAGCAACUUGAUGUAUGUUCCGAAAUAGUAAUUGGUUUCGAUGAAACAUUGAACAAAGUUUCACAACGCCAACAGAUGGAUGUUAGUGUGAGAUUUUGGAAUGAAAAUAAGGAACAGGUAGAAUGUCGAUACAUUGGAUCAGCGUUUUUAGAUUCUUCUCGUGCAGUUGAUCUCCUUAACGGAUUGAAACAGUGCACAGAAAGAAAGCCUGCUCUACUGAAUAACGUGAUUCAGCUAAGCAUGGACGGACCGAAUGUAAAUUGGCGUUUAAUGAAGGACUUAUGCGAAGAACUUCGAAAUCUGCGUGGGGUACCAUCUUUUGAUUUAUUAAACAUAGGUAGUUGCGGCUUACAUGCUAUUCAUAAUGCUUUUAAAAAUGGUAUGAAGCACACUGAAUGGAACAUUGACGAGUUUUUGACAUCCCUCUAUUAUUUGUUCAAAGACUUUCCGUUGCGCCGUGCAGAUUAUAAAGAAACUACCGGAUCCAAUUUAUUCCCACUGAAAUUUUGUCCUAUUCGAUGGAUUGAAAAUUUGAAUGUGGCUGAGCGUGCAUCUAAAAUUAUUCCUUAUUUGAAAGUCUAUGUGGCUGCGGUCAAAAACCAACGUGACAAAAAACUCAAGGAAGGUCACCAUUCUUUCAAAAGGAGUUUUGCUGCAGUUGCUCAGUCUAGGCCAUUCGCUGUAAUAGAAAAGACCAUUUCUGAUGAAAUGUUGAGCCCAAAACUUGCCUUUUUUAUUUCCUCAGCUGGAUGUGUGGAACCCUUUUUGCGAGAAUUUCAAUGUGAUGCUCCUAUGGCGCCAUUUUUGUUUGAUGAGUUAACUUCAAUUACCCAUUCUAUAAUGAGUAAGGUUUUAAAAUCGGAAUGCUUAAAUGUAAAAGCUAAAGCGAUUACCAAUAUUGAGCUCAAAGAUAACAACACACUACCGACAUCGCAAGUUGAUAUAGGCUUUGGAGUCAAAGCGGCAAUUAAAACAAUAAUGACAAGUGGAAAAAUAUCUGAAAAGGUGAUCCUUCAGUUUAAGAACGAUUGUAAAGCUUAUUAUAUUGCAUUUUUAACAAAAAUUUGUGACCGUUCUCCACUAGACCAUCACAAAAUCGCUUGA